AUGACCCCCGUCCCGCUCCCUUCGACGACGCCGGUGAUCGACCCUUCCCGGGCAGCCGAAAGCAAGACGGCCCAGAUCCUCGCCGUGCUGACUGUCUUCCAUGCCAUUGCUCUCAUUACUGUGUCGCUCCGCAUCUACGUUCGCACUGUCCUCAUCCGGGCUCUUGGCAAGGAUGAUCUGCUCAUGGUUGCCUCUGUUCUGUGUGCUCUUGGAGGAUGGAUCAUCUUUGUCGUCCAGGCUCAACAUGGACUGGGGAAGCACCAGGAGACUAUCUCCCCAAGUGACUUGGUCUCCAUCAACCGCGCCUCCUUUGCGCAGUCCAUUCUUUCCGGCAUUUGUGCCAUGGCAUUCCUUAAGAUCUCCAUCGGGUUCAACCUCCUGCGGCUCGACGCUACUCGGUGGUACAGGUGGUCCCUUUGGGCAACAAUCGUUUUUGUCGUAUGCUACUCAAUCCUGGGCAUGAUUUCGUUCCUUGUUCAUUGCGUGCCCGUUUCCGGUCAUUGGAAUCCCGCCGUUCAUGCCAAGUGCUACGACAUCGAUUUGUUUGUCGCAUUCGGCAUCAUCAAUACAUCGUUCAACAUCUUUACCGACGUUCUUUUUGCCACCUUCCCCAUUCCUGUCAUCUGGUCACUCCAGAUGAAGAAAAAAGAGCGGCUCUAUUUGAUCAUCAUUCUGAACCUUGGAUACUUCGCUGUUGCCAUGGGCAUUGUCAAGGCUGUCUACCAAAUGGGCUUUGCUAAGGAAGACGACAAAACGUUCCAGCAGUCCACUCAUUUUUGGGGAUUCUUGCAGCUCAACAUUGGCAUAAUUGCGGCGUGUGCCCCUGCACUCAAGCCGAUCGUCACCCGCGUCAUGCAUCUCCACGACCACCACAGUGAGACUGUCAGGAAUGGUGCUCAUUCCCCGAUUCAUGACGUCCAUGACAACGGAUUCAGGAGAUCGAGAGCCCCUGGCCACCACAACAUGGAUCUGGAAGCCGGCCGGGGAUUUCCGGCACCUGAAUUCGACGACGAAAACGCGCUCGCUCCCGCCAAGGACGACAGCUCCAGUGCAGCAACGAGUUUUUACAAACACCAAUCGACUGGCAGCACGAGCAGUGACGAGGUCGUGUUGCCAAUACCCCUUCCAACUCUCCAAGAGGUCGAGGCUAGGUGGAAGAUCGUAAAGACCACCGAGAUCGUGGUCACAGUGGACCAUAACUAA